AUGCGCGCCGGUCUCCUCCUCGCUGUUGCUGCCCCUCUCGCCCUCGCGGCCUCCACCCCCCUUGGCGCUGAGUGGGAGGCUGCCCUCCGCCAGGCCGGCUGCUCGGCCUCGGACGGCUCCAACGGCACUGGUGCCGGUGUCGGUGGCGCUGCUGGCGCUUCCUCCUCCGCUGGCGGUGCCGGCGCCGGCGCCGGUGGUGCUGCUGCUUCCACCUCCGCUGGUGGUGCCGGCGGUGCCGGUGCCGGCGGUGCUGCUGGUGCCGCCUCGACCACCUCGGCUGGCGCUGCUGGCGCUUCGGACGGUGCUGCCGGUGCCGGCGGCGCCGCUGCCUCUGGUGCCUCGGGCGCUGCCGGUGCUGGUGGCGCCGCUGCCUCUGGUGCCUCGGGCGCUGCCGCCUCUGGUGCCUCUGGUGCCGCUGGCGCUGCCUCUGGUGCCGAGUCCGCCGGUGGCGCCGCUGCCUCUGGUGCCUCGGGCGCUGCCGCCUCUGGUGCCUCUGGUGCCGCCGCCGCUGGCUCUGCCGCCGAGUCUGGUGCCUCGGGCGCCGCUGCCUCGGCCACCUCGGCUGGCUCUGCCGCUGUCGGUGCCAUCACCUCGGCUGGUGCCGCCGCCGCCUCGGGCGCCUCGUCGCUUGUCUCCAACGUUGCCUCCGGCGUUGCCUCGCACACCUCUUCGCUCGCUGCCUCGCCCUCGGCCUCCAAGCCUUCGGCCGCCGGUGUCCGCUACGCCCCCGCCUCAGCGUUCCUCGGCCUCGCCGUCGCCGCCGGUGCCGCCUUCCUCGCCCUCUAA